GAAAUAUAUAUGUGUAUACAUAUAUUAUUAAGCGAUUAAUUAAUUGCGCGUUAAUUAUGUAAGACGUUCUCCUAUAGGUCAAACGUUACUAUCGGCUAGUGCGUGGGUUACGGAAAUACGAUAGCUGCCGGAUUCCCUGCUUAUAGUUUCAUUUUCGUUGCGCGACACUGGCAGUACGUAUUUUCAACCAUAAAGAAUAUAUCGUCGUAAUAUUUGCAUAAACAAUCUCAACUACGUAAUUUGCAAGUCAAUCGCCGAAGAACAAUUUCGUUGAUUUGCAUAGUGACUGAUUGCACUGGAUCAGUACGUAGUCCAAUAGGGAUAGCGAGCUCUGUGUUAAUAAACUUUUUUGAUACAGGAUCAUAGAAUAAAAUUUUUUUAAUUUAACCAAAUUCAAACAAAUAUACAAUCCUUAGAAAUGUUGCGAUACGGUAUAUUAUUCUUGAGCAUUUUAUUCGCCAGCUCAUUUGACGUUAGUGCUGCUGCCAUAAGCGCCAUUCAGAGUGACCUUGCUGUUCUUCGAUUAUGCAAUGCAUCAAGUCCUGUGUCACUUCAGGCUGUCAAUUCAGUGCUAAUAAAUCGUGAUAUGAAAAGUUCUGAGACACAGACGCAAGACUUCAAAUGCUUCCUGCUUUGCCUUUACGUCGAAUACGGUUGGAUGGAUCGCGAAGGAGGUUUCAGUUUGCAUCACAUUAAGUUGACACUGGAAUCGUCAAAGCUGCCGGAAUAUCGUAUCAAAAAGUUAAUUUACAGUUGUACCGCAACAGAAAUAACAGAUCCUUGUGAGAGAGCAUUCAACUUUACUGAAUGCUUCUGGUCGCACAGUGACAAGGAAACGAGCCCAGAAGCUGAGAUCCCUGAGAAAGAAGUCUCGGAUAACCAGAAUGGAUUUUACUAUAUAAACUAGAAGACUAGAUCAUUCACAUAUUACAUUCAUAUAUAUGUCCACAAAAAAAAAUCGGCAAGAUAGUCGAUCGACCUUAACUCUACUCGAUGACUAUUAAAAUACGUAUUGAAAUUUUUUAAGACAAGACGAUUAAUUAUUUUUAAUAACAGUUGUAAAUUAGUGAUACGAAUUAAUUGUAACUACGUCUGCGCUUGUUGCACUUGUACAUCCGGCGUAUCUUCUGUAUAUCCUUCUUGCUGAAUCCUUCUCGUUGACCGAGAACGGCCUUUGUCUUUCCCUGGAAUAUUUCUCCAAUAAGACCCAAAAGUCCACCAGGUUCCUAUGAAAAUAUACAACAUGCACGGUGCGUGGGUGCUAAUAGAAAUAUAAUCUCUAAGAAAUAGUAGGUGCAGUUAAUCAUCUCCGAAUGUUAAAAAUGAAAAAAAAAGACAAAGGAUAUCAUACAAAAGUACAUCUACAGCUGAGAGUCAACAAACAUUAAUAAAAUCAUUGAUGAUCCAAUGCCAGUCUAUACACAGUA